AUGAUUUCCAGAGCUCUUCGUUUACCACGUGUUGCUGUUUUCCAGCAGCUGCGCUUUGCCUCGAACCUAUUCAACGACCACACGCCAGCGCCUCCCAGAUUGCCCAAAGAGCAGCAGGAAGAGUUUGAGCUGCUUCAGAAGAUGGCCAACUCCCAAGCUGCCAUCGACGAAUACAACAGGCAAAUCGAGGAGAGUGGAAGCGCCAGCAGUGAUAUUUCUGGCUCUCAGACAGACGUGGGCGUUCAGACCCAGUAUUUCAAGACGAUUCCUGAAUUCGAGGGCGACAGAAACCCAGAAACAGGCGAAGUUGGCGGGCCCAAGCAGGACCCCUUGAGACACAACGACUGGUCGUUCAACGGCCGUGUCACUGAUUUUUAA